AUGGAAAGUAAUAAAAAAAUUAAUAGAAUUCUAAAAAAGAAUAAAACAAAAAAAAGAGAUAAACUAGAUGAUGAAUUUUUUGAAAUUAUUAUUUAUAAUAUAUUAUCUCUGAUAAUUGUUAACAUUGAAUUAAAUAAUAGGUAUGCUAACAAUAAAAUCAUUAAUUCAAUUAUUUUAAAAAAUAUUGAUUUUAUCUCAAACAAUAUUUUUAUAUUGUCUUUUGAAAACAUUCAAAAAUUAUUAUUUAUAAUUGAUUUAAUAUUAAACAAUGAAGGUGUAUAUUAUAAAUUUAAGAAAAAUGGAGAUAACAAUUUAAAUAGCAAUAAAUUAAAAAGAUGUAACCAAAAAAAGAAAGAUGCAGAAAAAAAAACAAAUGAGUCAUUUGUUAAUUUUGUUGACAUACACAGUUUAAAUAACUAUAUUAACGAUAUUUUCAUAUACAUAGAAGAUAAAAAUAUAUAUUUAAGUAUAUUCCAUUUGAGUUAUAUAUUUAAAAAUAAUGAAGAUUAUCAAAAGUAUUUUUUGAAGAGAUAUAUAAAUUAUACUUUUAAAAAAUUCUUUACUGAUAUUAUAAAAGUAUAUAGCAAAACUAAUAAAAAUAUUAAUUUAUUAAUAAGAAAAAAAAAAUAUUUAUAUUUAUAUGAAUCAGUAAUACAGUAUCAUAAACAAAAUUUUAAUUUAUUAGAUAAGGACGAUAAAGAUGAGUUAUCAACUUUAAGUGAUUGCAUGAGUUCUUCAUCUAUAAGUGAUGGUAAUUCAAAUAUAAGAUAUAUGAAAUUAAGUAACAAUGAUAUAAAAUAUAUAAAAGGAAAUAAAGAUGAAAAUAGUGUAUCAUUUAAAAAUAAAGAUAAAAGAAAAAAGGAAAUUGCCAAAAAUAAUGAAGAAUAUAUUGAGUAUAAUAUUGUUACUAAAGAAAAAAUUAGAAAAUUAUAUAUGUAUAAGAAAAAGAAAUUACGUUUGAUAAUAAAUAAUAAUUUCAUUAAUAAGCAUUCUUACAUACCUAUUAAUUUAUUUCCGAAUAAUGAUUUAAAUAUAGCUAAUAUAAAAUUCCAAGCUUUAUCAGCUAAUAUAAUAAUAAAAAUACACCUAUUAUUUCUUUAUACAAACAUUAUAUUAUUUUUUAAUUUAUUUAAUUCUUCUUUAUAUCAGUGGGUGUAUAAAUUCAUAUCAUUUCUUUUAAACGUUCUAAACAAUUUUAAUGUUAAUUCGUAUUUUUAUUUAGAUAACUCAUCUAUUUUAUCCCAUUUUAAUAAUGAAAAUUCUUAUAUAUUAAAUAAACACACUUUGGAAAACAAGUUCAUAACAAAAAUAAAUAAUUUAGAUAAUAAAAGAACCUAUAUUUUAAAAAGUUUUUUAGAAAAAAACUCAAAAGAAAAUAAUAAAACAAAUAUUAAUUUUCCAUGUUAUAACUGCGGUUCAAUUGAAGUUUACGAAAAAAGCAAAAAAAAAAAUUCGAAAAAAUUAUAUUUUCAUCAAUUUAUUAAUAUUAAAAUAUUGAAAUAUUAUUCUAUUUUAUCAUUAUUAGAAAUUGAAAAUUUUUAUAAAGGUAUUUUGUCAUCUUUAUUAGGGGAUAUAUACAAUAAAACCAUUUCUAAUAUUUGCAAAUUUCAACGAAAAGAAAAUUAUUAUGAAAUCCAUUUAAUAAAUACAAAUAAUGAACAUUUUAAAAACAAUAACUUAGAUUUAUUUAUUUUAAUUGAAGAAAUGAAAAAAAUUAGAUUACAUAAUAACAAUGAUGAUAUAGUCAUCAAAUCAUUAGAGUAUCUUUAUUUUUUUAUUUUAUUUAAUUACAUAAAUAUUUUGAUAGAAUAUCAUAUUAUUGAUAAUUUACAUAUAAAAUAUGAUAAAAAUUUAUCAAUUUCAGAUGAUAUAUAUAACAAUAAAAAUAUUUCAUAUAUAUAUCAUGGCCAAAGUAAUUUAAAUAUAGCAGAAGAAAAAAACAACUUUAAAAGUAUAAAUAAAAUAAAAAAAAUAGAAAAUAAAAUAAAUAAUUUUAUAAAUGAAAAUUAUAUAAGAUUAGAAUUACAAGAAUUUAGAAAAAGUAAGUAUAUAUUAGAAGGAAUAAGAAAUUAUUAUUUUUACGGUAGUUUAAUCACACUACCCUUUUAUAUAAAUCUAAAUACAUUAGAAUAUUUUUUUCAAAUUUAUAAUACAACAAAUACAAUUCAAGAUAAUUCUAAAAAUAAUGUAAAUAAUGAUAACUAUACUAAUAGAAGAAAAGAGGAGUGCUUAUUUAAAAUAUUCAUAAAUUGUAAAAAUUUAAUAAGAGAUAAAUUAAGAAACAUUUUAAAUAAUAAUAUUGACUUAAUUUUUCAUUUUGGUUCUUAUUUAAUAUAUUUUUUAAGUGAUUUUGUUAUUUUAUUAAAAAAAUAUAAUUAUUUUUUUUAUUCUAAUAGUUAUCAUUUUUUAUUAUGUUUAAAAUAUAUGUAUAUAUUAUAUGGAAAUCUAGAUAAAGAAGUAAUUAAUGAAAUGUAUGAGAAAGUAUUACUGGUUAUUAAAAACAACCAUUAUACAAAUGUUAGUAAAAUAUAUAUAAUAUAUAUAUUUUCUUUUUUUUUAGAGAAAAAAUAUAUUGUAAAUUUAUGUGCAAAGGAUAUAAAAGAAUUUUUUCCUAAUUUUUUAGAUUGUAAAGAUUUAGCUAUUAUUAAGUAUUACUUUAUUUUAAAAUUAAUAAAAAAUAAAAAUAUAACGAUAAGUUUAUUAGAUAUAUACAAAAAUUUGUAUACACAUUAUCAUUACGAAAUAACAGAAUAUUCAUCAAAGAAUGUUUCUAUUAUAAAUAUUCUUAAUAAUGCUUCUACUGAUUUAUUAAAUAAAGAAAAAAUAAACAAUUAUUAUAAUAUAGAAAAGAAAAAUAGCAAUUCUAAAAAAUAUGUCUAUUUAGAAAUUAAAUCAUCUAAAAAAGAUAUAGAAGAUUUUUAUAAAUCUGAUAAUCAUAAGAAAUGUAAAAAAAUAUAUUUUAAGAAUCGUAAAAAUAAUUAUAUUAUUGAGCUUAAUAAUAUUUUAGGAUAUAUGCAUGAAAAUAAUAGAGAAAAAAAAAGAACAUACAAAUAUAACAAGCGUACUAUUUAUUCAUCAAUUUUAUUUGACAAUGAAGAAAAAAAAAAUAACAUAGAUAAAAGAAAUUUAAAGUAUUUCAUAAAUAAUUUUAUUAAAAAGAAGAGAAAAUAUACAAGUAAGAACAAAUUAUAUUUUUAUGAUAUAAAUGGAAAUAAUAGUUUCUUAAAUCUAAACGAAAAUUCAUUUAAUUUCCUAGUGGAGGAGGAUUACGUAAAUAAAGAUGAUAUUAUCUUUUCAUUUUCUACAAAAGAUAAGAUUCACAUAAAUAAUAAAAAUUUUUUAAUGUUUUCUUAUCACUUAUUGAAAUUUUGUAAAUGCUAUAAUUUAAAAAACGAGCUGAAAAUUAUAGUAGUUAAUGUUUUGCUAUUUAACAUGAAUAAAAUGAAUAUAAUUUUAUUUAUUUUACAUUAUUUAUAUACAAAUAAAGAAAUUAAAUUAUUUAACUUUAUUCAAAAUGCUAUAUUAGAAUACUUACAAAAUUUAAAUCCAAGGUAUAAAGUAAUGAAUUUUUUGAUUUUUUUAUUUCAUUUAGUCAAAAUAAGAUAUGCUAAUGUCCAUUUGAUUACAAAAAUAUUAAAUAAUGUUUUGAAAAAAUAUAAGUUUUCAAUAAAAAUUUAUAUAAUUGUAAUUAAAAUUCUAAAAAUAAUAUUGCAACAUCACGAUAUUUAUAAUAAUUAUAUGUUGUGUAUUUUAGAUAAUAUUAAAGAUAAUAAAAAUGCAUAUUUAUAUAAAAUUAGUAUUUAUUAUAGUAAUAUAAUUGAAAAUAAAAUAUCUUUUUUAGAGUGUAAUAAAUUAAGAAGUGAAAAAGCAUAUUCUUAUGAUUUAACUAAAAAUAGUUCUAUAUCAAAUUCUAAAGAUUAUAUAAAAAAAGAAAUAAAUGAAUCAACAAAUGAAAAAAAAUGCAGCGAAUUAAAAUUUAUGUAUAAGAAUAUUAAAUCAAAUUAUAUAAAGUUAGAAUUUUGUAAAUUAGACAGAAAAAAUAUUCUAGCAUUGAAUGAUAAUGGUUGUAGUAUUUUUUAUAUUCAAAAUUAUGGAAUAGAGAAAAAAAAUAAAAAUAAAGACGAUUUUUUUUUAAAUAAGUAUUAUAAUGAUGAUAAUUUUAAUUCUAAAUUAUUUUAUAGUAUAUAUAAGGAUAAAUCUUAUGAUAUAAAAAAUUAUUAUAAUUUUAUUGUUAAUAAUCAUCAUUAUAUAUAUUUUCCGUUUCUUUUACAAUAUAUAAAUAAUUCACCAAAGAAAAAAAAAAAAAAAAAAAAAAUUAAUAAUAAAAAAUUGUUUUGUCUGAAUAUCUGCUUUGUUCAUAAAAUUGAUUUUAUUAAUAUGCAUAAUGUAUAUAUUCCAUAUAUAGAACUAAAUAAUAAUGAAGAUUUAGACAAUGGUAAUAGCAACGAUGCAUAUGUUAAUAGUUGCGGUAAUAAUUGUAAUAAAGAAGAAAAUAUGACCACUAUUAUUAAAACUGAAAAAAAUUGUACUUAUAAUAAGAAUAAAAAGGAAACAAUUGAUAACCUUUAUGUUAAUGAAGUUGAUAAUUUUGAAGGUAAUUACAAUAGAAAAAAAUCAAAUUUUGAAUUUUCUAGGAGCAUUAGGGAAGAAUUUUGUAAUGUAAAUACUGAAAAUAUAAAUGAAGGAUAUAAUGUAAAUUUAUAUAGGAACACUAAAAGUAAGAUAAAGAAUAAUAUAAAAAGAGAAAAUGGAGAAAAAAAAAAAAAAUUUUUUAAAAAUGAGAAUAAAAUAAGGAUAAAAAUUCAAAGUUGUGGUAAACAAGUAUAUAGAAAUGCAAAAUUAUAUAACGUAUUUAAAAGAAAUAAAAUUUUUGCGUUAAAGAAUAAUAAAUUUUAUUUCGUAUCAUAUAGCUAUAUAUUUUAUGGAACAAAAGUUAAAAAUAUGAUGUACUCUUUAACACGAAAUUCAAAAAAAAAAAAUAAAACAAAAAAAAAAGAAUUAAAUCAAUAUAAAAAAAUAGAAACCGAUAGAAUAAAUAAACAAGAAUAUAUAAAAAAUAAAAUAAGCAGUAAUAAUUUUUUAUAUUUAAAAAAAGACUUAAUUAAAAAAGAAAACUAUAAAAUAUUAUACAAAUUAAAAAAGAACUUUUUUAAAAGAUUGAAUUGCUAUAUAAAAAAAGAAAAUAUUAAUGAGAAUUUGAAUUUAAAAAAAAAAAGAGAAAUUUUGAAUCAAUAUAAAUUAUUAAUUAAAGUAGAUGUAAAAUUGUUAAUUACAACAUAUUUUUAUGCAUAUGUAGUUUAUCUAAAUAGAAAAAAAAAAACUUUUAAAAGCUUCUUAGGAAAAUAUAAAAUUAAUUUUAAUGAUUUUUUUUUACCAUUUAAAGCGUCUUACAAAUAUUGGAAAUAUAUUUUUGAAGAUUUAUGGAAUAAUAAAAUAUGCAAAAUGUACGAGUCAGCUAAAUACUUAAAUUGUUUAUCACAUCAUAUUGUGCAAGUAAUCAAUGAAAAAUUACACCCUUUUUUAAUUAAAGAAAAUCCUAAUAUAAAAAAUAGGAAUAUUUAUAAUUCAUCAAAGUAUAAUAUGCACAUAGGAAAAACCUAUGACUUGAAUGAUAAUUAUUGUGCUUAUUAUAUAAAAAGAAACAAUAUAAAAAAAAAAUUAAAGCAUGAAAUAUUUGAUGAAUUUUUUAUUGAUAACUACUCUCUUUAUUCAAAUGAUUUUGAUUCAAAUAAAUAUUCUAAGAAAAACAUUCAUAAAGAAAGAAUGUCGAAAAAAAGAAAAAUAUUAUUUUUUAAAUGUUAUAAACCGAAACACUUAAAAGAAUUAUUUGAUUUUAUAAUAUGUGUUUAUAAUUAUUCAAAUAAUUUAGAUAAAGAAAAUAUAGUUAAAAAAGAAAUAAAGGUAAUAAAGAAUACUAAAAAAAGGUGUGAUCUGAAUAUAUUUAAUAAAGAAUAUUCUUCUAUAAAUCAGAAGACAAAUUUUAAGUGUUUUAUUAAUCAUAAGCCAAUUAUAACGAAAAGGAAGAAAAUUAGGAAAAAUAUUGUACUGAAGAAUCUAAAUACAGAAAAAUACAAAUUAUUUAAAAAAAUUUACAGAAAAAUACUUUAUUUAGCAUUAUCUAAAUAUUAUUAUUUAAUAAAAAAAGAAAGGAAAAAGAAAAAAAAAAAAAUAGAUAAAAAUAAUUGUAAUAAUAAUAGAAAUCAUAACGUUAUUAAGAAGUUCAUAGGAAUAUUUUUACCUCCAAGACAUCAUUUAUUGUUAGUUUUUUAUAUAUACAAAAAAUCAACACUUGUUCAAAUACGUACAGAUAAUUUAAAUAUUCUUAAUUAUUUGAAUCCUUUUUUUAAUGAAUGUAAUAUUUCUAUAUAUAUAUAUAUAUUAUCAUAUUCUAAUAUAUUUGGAAAAAAAAAUUCUAUAUGA